UACAAAACAACCCCAAAGCGGCAUCGCGAAUCAGUCGCAAAAAAGUGUCCGUCGCCAGAACGCCAGAAAAACAGCAAAUAAUUCAACACGAAUUUCAAAUCAAAUUUCAGACCAAACGCCAAACAAGAACCAAGCUGCCCCAACAAGGACCUACGACUUCUCCGCAUCUCCUCCACCUUCCUCCAUUUUUUUCAAUCAAUCCAUAAAAACACAACAACAACAACAAACAACAAGAAUCCCGAAAAUCCAGGUUAAUUCCAGGAUAGCACGGUGACGAAAGCAGGCGAGCGGUAGCAGGAGUGUGAGCGAGAGAGCGUGCGAGAGAGAGAAAGAGAGAGUGAGGCAGCAGGAGCAGGAGCAGGAGCAGGAGCAGGAUCCAGGACAAACACAACAAACACUCACACACACACAAACAAAACAAAGAUGUCAUGGAGAUAUGCGCUACUCACCGACAGAUACAGCAGCAGUAUUGGCGACAGAUAUAGUCCCCACUACUAUCAGUCGCCCAGCCGCUUGGAGACCUCCGAACAGACCACAGGACGCCAGUUGCAGCGAGUCCUUCACUAUUCGAUGGCUCCUAGCCGGGCGCUGCCGGGACUGAGGCGGGCCGAGUGCGCCAUCCACGAUGUUGACUGUGAUGAGGUCUACCCGGGCAUCUACAUUGGAGAUGCUGCGGCGGCCAAAAAUAAAACCUAUCUGAGAUUGAUGGGAAUUACCCAUGUCCUGAACGCGGCCGAGGGCUGUCGCUACGGCCAGGUGGACACUGGCCACAGUUACUACAGGGACAUGCCCAGCAUCAGACGCAACCAUAAGGACUGUGUUUUUAGGUACAUGGGCUUCCCCAUGAUCGACGCCCCCACGACAGACAUCUCCCGGUACUUCUACGUGGCCUCCAAGUUCAUCGACAGCGCCAUCAGCAGCGGCGGAAAAAUCCUGGUGCACUGCUUGGUGGGAAUGUCCCGCUCGGCCACCUGUGUCCUGGCCUACCUGAUGAUCUGCCGGAAAAUGUCCGCCGUGGACGCGAUACGCACGGUCCGGAUGCGGCGGGACAUUCGUCCCAACGACGGAUUCCUCCAGCAGCUGGCCGACCUGGACAUGGAGCUCAAGCGCAAGAACCUGUAUCCCUAUUAGGACGAAAUAUUUUUGGCUAAAAAAAACGAAAGCAAACCAAAGAUCAAAAAAAAAGGACAAGAGGGAGAAUCUUCAGGGGGAGCUUUGUAGGGCGGGGGGAGGGUGGGAUUUUUGAUUCCCCAUCGAAGGAAAGAAGGGGAACUUUGGAUCUAAACCAAAAAUAAAAAAUUGAUCCAACAAACUAACCAACAAAAAAAAAAAAUAAAAAAAAAGAUUUAAAUGAAGCGUUGUUCUAAACAAAAAUAAUAAGAUAUUGAAGCCGAAAAGCUAACGACUUAUAAUGGUAACUUGGUCUUCUGAUCUGAUAUAUAGAGAGAUAUGUUCAUCCCAGAAAUGAGAAUGAAAAUGAGAAUGAUAAUGAAAUUAUAUAAUCACCGCAUAUACCCAUAUAUACACAGUUAUAUACACAAUUAUAUAGAAGGGAGGGAAUCAAGUUAUCACUGUCACUGUCUCACCAUACACUGAAAGAAACACUUAGCGACCUAGAUUGUUAGAGCCACGAUCGAAGCAAUAAUACCAGAUCCCAGAUCUACAUAUAUAUAAUAUAUAUGUAUAUGAGUCGAACCUAUAUACCUUGCCUAUACCCUAGACAUACAGAUUUAUAUACAUGUAUUCCGGAACCACGACUAUACUCGAAUUUUAGUUCAUUUCCGUUUCCGUUUCAGUUUUCGUUUCAGUUUCCGUUUUAAAUCCAUUUCCUAGAAAUUACAUACAUAAGUAUAUAAGAAGUAUAUAAGAUGAGCUGAAUACCUAGAUCGAGAUCGUGUUUACAUUAUAUAUACAUAUAUCCAUUAACUGAUAUAUGAAAACUGUAUACACCUAUACCAUAUAUAUACGACGAUAUAUAUAUACUAUAUAUAUAUAUAUACUAUAUAUAAAACAAAUUCAUAUUUUCUAGAACAUGUAUGGAGUGCAACAACAACAAGUAACUAAACCAAAAAUCAAAUGAGCAAACAACAACUAAAACCAAAACUAAAACUAUGUUUAAGAAACGAUUAAUAAUAAAAGGAAUCAUUUAAAAAAUCAAGAACAAACUGAA